AUGUAGUCAAUCCUAGUUAUUUCGGUUAUUGGCGAUAUUUUUUGUUUCUCUAAGUUCAUAUUUACUUAUGAGACUGGGACUGGUUGCUUUUACCUAUGAUUAUAACUUAGACUUAGGGUUAGGUUUAGGGCAUAAUAUAUCAUUAUGGUGUGACUUAAAACUAAUUUUAAUGCAUAAUGGAAUCAUAGGACUUGAAGGGUAUACCACAAUAGCGACCUAACCGUGGGUCAAACUCUGGCUCAUCUGUACCUCGAAGCUGGCUCUCGGGUUAGACUGCAGUCACGCCAUCUGCACUUGGGAGAAGCUCGGACACGCUUUAUUUAAUUAAAUUUAUAAUAAGUACAAACAGAGCAGAGGUAUGCAGUACACCAACAUUCAAAUAUACAACAUUUAAACGCUUGUUUGUCGGUUUAAGGAAGUUACGUCAUUGUACCAUGCACGCUUCCGGUUAGUUGUCAAGCACAUUUAAAACAACAGCGGUUUAUGCACGGUACUGACUACGUUUACAUGGACAGCAGUAACCUAAUUAUUGACCUUAAUAAGGUCUGAAUAAGAUAAUAUUGUGAUUAAGGUGUUUACAUGAGUCGCUUGUAGGAGAUUCCUUUCAUGUUUUUACAUGUUAUAGAACAUAGCUCGAUUAACGUCACACGUCAUUACGUCUCCACGUCACGCCGUCCGCCGUCCCUCCAGAAUUUCACCUAUCAACAUAGAGUUCGUCUUCGUUAUGGAACCGUAUACAGUUUUGGAUGUUUUUAUUUAACAUUAUAUGAAAGCCUCAAGUGCAGUUAAUUAUUUGUCGUGCUCUAUGUGCAAAUAGACGACAGUUUUCCUUUUGUUCAUAGUUUUGAUCUUAUUCUCGACCUCGUUGUUUGAUUCUUGUUUAGUCUUGUUUACGCCCGUUUGCUGAUCGCCUGACCUUUUGCCUGUUUUUGAUCACGCUAUUGUCUCACGUUUUGGAUUUGUCUGCCUCUCUUCAAUAAAGCUCUUAUCUGCACUUGCAUCCGUCCUAAACCAUGAUUACGUGACAUAUGGAGAGAACAGGCCAGACUGAGGGAGCUUUGUUGGCUUUGCCAUGGGUGCCUGUGAACAUCGGGGGUUCCAAGUUGUUGGCCAAAGCCUGGUUUGGUGAUACAGAAUAUCAAUUGCUGCUGAGUGACCUGAACAGCGUUUGGGAGGAACAGAUGAGCACAAACAGCAUUGAGCAUCGUGCACAGGUUCUAAAUAAGCGUCUAAGGGCUCCAGUGCACACAUUUGUUGCUCACCUGCGCUCAGUGGCUUGGCCUUUUCUCUCCAGGCAGUCCUGUGAACAGAGCACAGCUGUACAUUUCCUUCUCAAGCAUCAGGGGGGCCACUUAACCAUCACACUCAAGAGUGAGCUGGGAGAUGUACCAUUCUAUUGGGAAUUCCACUGUACCCCUGCCUCGGUAGCGGUGGUGUCCAGAGAGCUAGUGUGUCCCUUGUUGUCUAUGACUCAAGUGCUGCAUAGACAUGUUGGAGAACUAACUGCUUUGCUGCUCAAGAAAGACGCUGAGAUACAAGACUACAAAGAGAAUGGAGCCGUGCUUAGCAGAGGUAGGCUUCUGACUGAGCCGUUUGAGGAGGAGACGUACAGAAGGGACUUUAACCAGAGGCUUUCUAAGAUGCUGCCGGACAGUCUGGAGUUUGAGUCUGAGCUGCAGGAGCUGUAUGUGUCCAUAUGUGCUGCGAGAACUGCCCGGAAACGCAAGCGCUCUGGCGAAUACAGCUCUGCUUCAGUAGGCAGCUUUGUCCCUGACCAGGAUCAGACCAGUUGUGUGCCAACAGGUAUGAGGACUGCCUCUCCUGGGUCUAAUGAAAAUUAUACAAGGCAGCAAGUAGAAGACACACAGUAUGCUGACACCAAAGAGACUGAGAGACUCUUACCUGCUGCUGCUGCUGUUCCUCCUGCAGUUACAACAAACAGAUCAGUUAUGCAUCCCAAGAAGAAGAAAGCAGCUGGACUCUUCCAAUGAAAUCAUGGUCCAAAAGUUGAUGGAUUUUUUUCCCCCCUUAAAUUUUCUACCUUGUUCAGUGAUAUGAUUAAACUUUCAAUUUUAUAAAACAAUGUGAUUUGUUUUUGUUGCUUUGUAUUGUAUUUUUAAUAAAUUAUUGUAGUGCAUUA